AUGUCGUACAGCGUUCCCUCUCGGUUUGCUCCUAGGGUUCUGUCUCUCGUGCUGCCUCCCGAUGAUUCUGUCAGGGCAAUGCAGCAGGAGCAGCAGCAGAAGCAGCAGCAGCAGCAGCAGCAGCAGCAGCAGCAGCAGCAGCAGCAGCAGCAGCAGCAGCAGCAGCAGCAGCAGCAGCAGCAGCAGCAGCAGCAGCAGCAGCAGCAGCAGCAGCAGCAGCAGCAGCAGCAGCAGCAGCAACAACAACAACAACAGGAGCAUGAAUAUCAGCAGGAGUGCUCAGCUUCGACGGGAUCUGAUGAUGGGCUGCAGAAGGCGUUGCCAUACAUUGUUGCUGCGGCUCACAAAUAG